UCAGUCGAAGUGGAAACUGAAAUUGAAACCCCAACCGAAAUCCGAGCAGCCUGGGAAUUAAUCCAUGAGCGCGCACUGCGUCACCGGGUAUUUUUAUUUUAAUAGCGAAGCUGCAAUCUGAAAGCGCUCCAACCGCAGACACACGCACACCGACAUUUCAAUAGCAAUUGUAAUUAUUGCCAUCGAAGACUUGAGGCACACACGUAUUGAUAAAUUGAAGCUAGAUUUUAGACACUAGCACCACUUGGUGGCGAUAAGAGGGCGGCCAGGCAUCACGGGCGAGUGCCUGGUCAGCUGCACACAUGCAUUACAAUUACAACAAUAACAACAACAUCAGCAGCAGCAGCAGCAGCAACAACCACCACAGAAUAUUGAUAAGCUUGACUGCAACAGCAAGCCGGGCUCCCAAAGCACUCGAUAAACGCGAAGGCGACAUGCCGGCGACAUCGAACUUGCCAGUAACGCCUGGCACUCCGGACUCGGCGCACAUAAUAAUCGGGGCUGCCGGCUACAUAGCGCACGAGCGACGCCAGCAACCGAAGACAAUAAUGAACUGUUUUCGUGAUCGCUCCACGCCCUCGUCAGCUGUCGGCCAAUACUCUAGGUCGCACAGCACGCUGGUGCGGCUUGAGAGGAAUGCCAGCGGCGGUUCCAAUCAGACCUUGGAUGCCGCCGGUCGCCCCGAGGCUGUUGUACUCUUGCGUGAGCUGCGCUCACGUCCCAACAAACUCACGCUGCUGAAAAGCAGCAGCACACGUGACUUGACGAGACUGCUGCUGGACGAAACGACGGCCACAGCGAUGCUGGUGUCCAAUACCAGCCUGGAUAAGUCCUCGAACUCAUCGUCGGGUAGUCCGGGCCGAAGCACCGGUGGUGGAAACAACUCACGUGAAUGCUGUGCCAAUUGCACGAAGCGUUGGUCCAAUCUGAAACAGCGUUUGCAUACCCUGGAACAGGAUUUGCAGGCACAGGCCAGCUACAGCCAGGAGCUGGAGUCCAAGUUGGCCGAACUGAGCCGCUCGAUCGCCGAAUUACAGCAGGAGAAACGAAGCGGAAAACGUUCGGCCACCACACCGAUGCGUCCUUCACGCCUAGUCGCCUGGAUGAAUUUGUCCAACUGGUGGAAGAGUCGACCCAGCGUGGAAACGCUGCGCGAACAGCGCAUCUUCUUCGACGAACCGUGCUUCGACACCGAACUGGAGCAGGUGCUGAAACACGAUCACCAUCGCACGGUGCCGCGCAUUGUUGUCGAUUGCUGUGACCUCAUCGAGGAGAAAUACCGACGCUCGCCGCAGCCAAUCGAGGGCAUCUACAGGCAGUGUGGAGACUACAACAAAAUCCAAACACUGCGAUUCAGCAUCGAUGCCAACGACUACGAGGCCUUGCAGCAGCGGAACGUGGACAUACACACACUAACGGGCGUCCUGAAGCUCUUCCUUCGCGAAAUCAAGAGCCCUUUGGUGAGCGUAAAUGAGGCCAAGACGUUUAUAGGCACACCGCAUCAGUGGUUACUUACUGACCUUUCCGAUAAGCUGAACACACUAAAAAGACUGAUACGUUCGCUACCAGAGAUCAAUCGCGACACCAUGGACUAUAUUUUUGCGCACUUCAAUCGUCUGACCAAAGUGCCACUCCAGCAGAUUAGCGCCGAAACCCUGUCGAUAUCCGUCACGCCGUCAAUUUUUCACACCGUUCCACAGGGCGUUCAUAUGCAGGAUAUACAGCAACUGCUCCGGGAGGGUGAAACACUGGCCGACUGCGUCCGACUGAUGAUCGAGUAUCAGAGUCGCAUAUUCGAGUAAGUGGUUGCCCACAAUGCCUGGUGUUGGUUCCUAAGCCGCUACCGCCUGAUACAUGCCUUCGUCCCCAAUUGUCGUCGAUUGUCUUCUAGCCAUGCUUCUUGUUAUUUGUAUGUUGUCGUCCUAAGAACUUUACACCCAAAACCCCCCCAACUUCACUCAACAGAUGCACGGCCGAUCGCCGCCAAAGCCGCCUCAGCAUGCGCAACUUGAAGAAGACGCUAUCACAACCGGAUUUACUAUUUCAUAAUAUAUUCUGAACCCGA